AUGUUAUUAAAUAUUAAAUCAUCAGAGCCUGUGAACUCCUCCACUAAGAGAUAAAGGGCGGACCUUUGCUGUACCGCGCUAGGACAGUGCGCAGAGUACGCACUCUCGCUGGAUAACGGGCUCUGUAAUCUCAGAUGCAGUCUGAAUGUAGCUACUUAGCUAUCGUUACAGGAAAGUUUUGCACUUUUUGAAAACUUCAUAAUGACAGGCGAAGCGCGUAAAUAUUUAUAAUCAUUAGCGAGCUAUAAACAAAGGGUUCUGCAAGGGGGACAGAGAAGUUUCAACGGAUAGAACAUCUCGCUGUACGUUAACUAUUAUUGGAAAUACAGUCGGGGAGUCGGAUGGCCUCAGUGGUGACCGUCAAGACGGAGAAGAGGCCCGCCCCUAAUACCGACAAUGUCGACUCAAAUGCCAAAAAACCCAGGAAGCUGCUCCCAAGCCUGAAGACCAAGCGGGCCCCAGAGCUGGUUCUGGUGAUUGGAACAGGAGUGAGCUCAGCCGUGGCACCUCAGGUCCCUGCCCUCAGGUCCUGGAAGGGCCUGAUUCAGGCCCUACUGGAUGCUGCAAAUGACUUCGACCUCCUGGAGGAGGAGGAGAGCAGGCGUUUCCAGAAGAGCCUGCAGGAGGACAAGAAUCUGGUGCAUGUGGCCCAUGACCUCAUCCAGAAGCUGUCUCCGCGCACGGGCAAUGUCCGCUCCACCUUCUUCAAGGACUGCCUGUACGAAGUGUUUGACGACCUGGAGUGCAAGAUGGAGCAUGCAGGCAAGCACCUGCUGCGCUCUGUCCUGCAGCUGAUGGAGAGCGGUGCCUUGGUCCUCACCACCAACUUUGACAACCUGCUGGAGAUCUAUGCUGCCCACCAGGGCACCAAGCUGGAGUCGCUCGACCUGACCGACGAAAAGAAGGUGCUGGAGUGGGCCCAGGAGAAGAGACGGCUGAGUGUGUUACACAUCCACGGCGUCUACACCAACCCCAGCGGCAUCGUGCUGCACCCUGCAGGCUACCAGAACGUUCUGAGGAACACUGAGGUCAUGAGGGAGAUCCAGAAACUGUAUGAGACCAAGUCAUUUGUGUUCCUGGGCUGUGGACGCACGGUGGAUGACACUACCUUCCAGGCACUGUUCCUGGAGGCGGUCAAGCACAAGUCGGACCUGGAGCACUUCAUGCUGGUGCGGCGCGAGGACGUGGGCGAGUUCAAGAAGCUGCGUGACAACAUGCUGGACAAGGGCAUCAAGGUUAUCUCCUAUGGCAAUGAGUACGCCGACCUACCCGAGUACUUUGAGCGGCUGGCCAACGAGAUCUGUACCCGCGAUGUGGUCACCAACGGCUAUGGGUCACCUGUGCAGGACGAGGAGGAUACCAGCCAGAAUGGUUUUAACUCGCAGAAAAGCCUCCUCCAAGGAUAGGGGUGUGCUCCCCUUUGCCCUCAGUCAGUCCUGGCUCCACAUACAUCCCCUUCUGUGUCCUUGCAUGACUUUAGAAGGUAGUACCCCUUACUUCAGAAAAGUACAGGCACUGUAUGUGCAGACUCGCUCCUCACUGCUCCGUGGCGCAGUGUUGUGUCCAGAUAGAGCUAUCAGUCUUUGUUUCAUAUGUGCUGAUGUAGUUGUCUCUCUCUAUCAGACUGAUACUCUUCACAGACACAAAAAAGCAGUCUGUCUUUGCCCUGCAGCAGUUUGCUAACCUGAGGGUCUCCGCUGUAGAGUUCAUCCCCCCCUUACUCAGGUCUGGUCACGUAGAAUCUCAGAUACCAAGCCAGGAGAGAUCCACCAGGAUCCCAGCUCCUAACUCUGAACUCUGUAAAUUGUCUGUAAAUUGUUAGUCUGUGCUUCUAUUUGGUCUGUAUUGGGCCUGUGGCCAAAGGGAAAGGUGCACCAAGCUGAAUGUUAACAUGGGACAGUCUCCUCUAGAAAAGAGGGACAGCCUCGCUAUGCCUGGAAGCGGCAGUCUGGAAUGUGGGCUGGGGGAUCAGGGGUUAAUGCCAGACACAACAGCGAUGGCCAGGAGCUCAAAGGCCUCUGCCCCCCGCACCCCACCCCACAGAUUAAGGAAAUGAUCAGGUGUGAGAGGUCAGCAUUCUACCCCUCCCUCUUCGAACCUGCAUCCAAGGGGGCAACAAAUGGAGAAAAGCAGGAUGUCUCCAGUGACAACGAUGGUCAAUAAUGGACUGUUCUUGAGAUUUUCUUCAACUCCACAUUCACUGUGAAAUGCAAAAAAACCUAUUUCACUUACCAGUAAGACCUUCUUGCAAAAUGCUCAUUUCUCACUUGAAAGCAGGAAUAACCUCUCUGGCAUUCACAUUCAGGGGAGCAGAGCCACACUUGAAAUGCUUAGAAACAGAUACACAACUGAUAUUUAAAGCACUCAAUCUGGUGUUUUCCCGCUCAAAUGUCAGGGCAUUGACAUCUGAACAGCUUAACAAAGUGGUUUUCAACAUAGGAAAACAAAGUAUAAUCUGUUGCAGCCU